AUGAAGGAGACGGCCGACGGGCACGGCCUUUUCGCCAAAGAGCUCAUCAAGGCUGGGACACGCAUCAUUCACGAAAAGCCGAUUCUGACUGUCUCACAAGAGGAGACCAAGACGAAAGCCGAGUAUAGAUGUGUCGUUGAUCAAGUCGCGGACCUGAGCGACUCAGACAAACAGCGAUUGAUGGAUCUGUACCACAACGACAAAAAGCUGCGCGAAUUUUCAUUCCUCCAGGGUCAACCUUGUCCUGGGACGGAUCUCGAUGCAGGUAUUGUCUUGGCAAAAUUCUAUACAAACGCUGCGAACAUCACAUCCGGAGGUCUCGAAUGCGGGCUGUUCACAACUUUCUGUCGCAUGAAUCACUCAUGCACACCAAACAUAUGCUGGGUAUACGAUGAGCCGACAGGGUUCAUGGAAGUAUACGCAGUGAGGGAUAUCGACAAAGACGAGGAGCUCACCAACUCAUACAUCGAAGUCGCGAUUUCUCACGAGGCGAGGAUGAAGGAGCUGUCGAAUUGGGGCUUCACGUGCCGAUGCACUGCCUGCGAAGGACCAGAUGCCGCGAAACACGAUGAGCGAAGGCGCAGGAUUGCACAGAUCAAGGGCAUUCUCGACAUGUAUCAGGAAACGGGAAAGUCGGGCGACGUACCGAAGUUCGCUGAGACUCCAAAGACAGACUUGGAAGCAUUGAGGUUGGGCGAAGAAAGUCUUGCACUGUUAUCGGACGAGGGGCUCAUCGAACAACUGGGUGUCAUGUAUGGGCUGUGUGCUAAGUUUGCCAAAGGCGCUGGGCUAGAUGACUUUGCGCAGGAUUAUGAGGAGAUGGAGUUUGAGAUCCUGGUAAUAACGACUGGGGAGUAUAUCGAUUGA